AUGAUCCUUUGGCUGUGGCUCUGCUGGGGCUUCUCCACCUCGGUGGGGCAACCCGACUCGGAGCUGAUGGCGAGGUACCUGGAAGAGACGCUGAUGGCAGACUACAGCAUCAUGGAGCAAGUUGCACGCCGUGUUCCAAGACAGGCCAAAUUUUUGCAGAGGCUGGAAACCAGGCCUCGGAUGUCUGAAUUCACUGUGAAAUCCACAAUCAUUUCUCGGUAUGCUUUCACCACAGUGUCAUGCACAAUGGUGAACAGCGGAUCCGAGGCACGUGAAGCUGUGUUUGAGAUGCAGAUCCCAGCUGCAGCCUUCAUCUCCAACUUUACCAUGAGCAUUGGCAACAAGACUUAUUAUGGAGAAGUCACAGGGAAAGAAAAGAAACAUAGCAGUGAUGACAAAGCAAGGCACAAGAAACCUCCGAGCCCUACAGAUGGAAGGGAGAAUGGCUAUGAGACAUUCAAAGCUUCUGUAUUCAUUCCUCGCAAGAUGCAGGCCAGGUUCCUACUGCAUUAUGAAGAGCUUUUGCAAAGGCGACUGGGAAAAUACGAGUAUACAGUCAGCAUCCGGCCCCAGCAGCUGGUGGGCAGGUUACGAGUGGAGGUCAACAUCCUGGAGAACUCAGGAAUAGUUUCACUGGAAGUGCUCCCACUUCGAAACAGCAAGCAUAAAGGCAAUGGUAAAGUUGAAGGUGAUGUUUCUCCUCCUCCUUCUACUGUAGUUGGACAUACCAAAACCUUAGCUAAAGUUACAUUCAAUCCCAGUGUGGUUGAGCAAACCAGGAUUGCCCGAAAUGGCAUUUUGGGAGACUUCAUAAUUAGAUAUGAUGUCAACAGGGAGCUGAGUAUUGGGGAUGUUCAGAUUCUUAAUGGGUAUUUCGUGCACUACUUCGCCCCCACAGAUCUUCCUCCAUUGCCAAAGAAUGUUGUAUUUGUGCUUGACAGCAGUGCUUCCAUGGUGGGAACGAAACUGAAACAGACCAAAGAAGCUCUCUUCACAAUUCUCCAGGACCUAAGGCCUGAAGACCACUUCAAUAUCAUUGGCUUUUCUAACCGAAUAAAGGUCUGGCAGCAGGACCGGCUGGUGCAAGUCACUCCAAAUAAUAUAAGAGAUGCCAAAAAGUACAUUCAUAACAUGUCACCUACUGGAGGGACUAAUAUUAAUGGUGCUCUCCAGACUGGUGCAAAGCUGCUAAAUGAUUACAUUGCUCAGAACGACAUUGAUGCCAGGAGCGUCUCUCUGAUCAUCUUCCUCACGGAUGGGAGGCCCACUGUUGGGGAAACACAGUCGUCCAAAAUCCUCAGCAACACCAAGGAUGCCAUCCGUGAUAAAUUCUGCCUCUUCACCAUUGGCAUUGGCAAUGACGUAGACCACAAGCUGCUGGAGAGGAUGGCACUGGAGAACUGUGGCAUGACAAGGCAUUUCCAGGAGGAUGAGGAUGCAGCCAGCCAUCUCAAAGG